CUUGGUCUCCUGAGUGUGGUUUCCUUCCCGGCCAGCACCAAACCCCAGAAUAGAGCACUGGGCUUGCAGAUUGAGGUCAUCAGCUCUGAAAGCACGAGAAGAAAAGGUUGUGCACAAGACAGACCCACUUGACAAACAUGAGGAGCACAGCCAAGGCCUGGAGUCCAAUCACCAAAGCAGGGACCCAUGGGAUCGACCGUGCACGGCCCCUUCCCGCUGCCUCUUCUGGCAUGAAGAGUUCUAAGUCUUCAACCUCGCUGGCUUUUGAGUCCCAACUCAGCAAGCUCAAGAGGGCCAGUAGUGAGGACAUGCUCAACAAACCAGGAAGUACCACCACUUCUGGUGUAGUUCGACUGAAAAAGACUUCCACAGCCGGAACCAUCUCCGAGCUUGCUGAGAGUCGCCUAAGGAGCCACCCAGGGGCUGUGACAACCAAACGGACGGGUAUUCCAGCUCCUCGAGAACUUUCGGGAACUAUCUCAAGAGAGAGAACUGUGCCACGUGUUCCCUCCAACACAAAGAAAUCGGUGUCCAGUCUAUCUUCUUCCAGCACGCCCACCCCCACUAAGCCCCUGAGGAACACUUCCAUAAGACUCAGACAAGAGAGUGAAGGUGGAGAACGGGCCGUGCUUGAGUCCCAAGUUCGGGAACUCUUGGCAGAGGCCAAAGCAAAAGACAGUGAAAUCAACCAGCUUCGAAGUGAAUUAAAGAAAUACAAGGAGAAAAGGACUCUGAACAACGAAGAAACUGACUCUUUGGAUCCAAGGGUAGAUGGAACAUCAGUCUUACCAAGUGACACAGAACCUUUGAUAAGAGCUCUUGAGGAGAAGAACAAGACCUUUCAGAAAGAGCUUGCUGAUCUAGAGGAAGAAAACCGGGUCCUGAAGCAGAAACUGAGUUACCUUGAGCAGUCUCCAAAUUCAGAAGGAGAAGCAAGUCACGCUGGUGAUGGCAGCUGUCCAACCUCCAUAACCCAGGAUUCGAGCUUUGGAAGCCCAACUGGAAAUCAGGUGUCAGGUGAAAUCGAUGAGUAUAAAAAAACCAUACCCCAAGAUGUAUUACGGACGUCAGGUUCUUCAAGUAGUGACGUUACCAAAGCUUCCUUGUCACCAGAUGCCUCCGAUUUUGAGCACAUCACAGCAGACACCCCCUCGAGGCCCCUGUCUUCCCCGAGCAACCCCUUUAGAAGUUCAAAGUGUUCUACCACUGGGAGUUCCCCUAACAAUGUGAGCGAACUGUCCCUGGCUUCCCUCACGGAGAAGAUACAGAAGAUGGAAGAAAAUCACCAUAGCACAGCAGAAGAACUACAGGCUACUUUACAAGAAUUAUCGGAUCAGCAACAAAUGGUGCAGGAAUUGACAGCAGAAAAUGAGAAACUGGUGGACGAGAAGACAAUUUUGGAAACUUCCUUUCAUCAGCAUCGAGAGAGGGCAGAACAGCUAAGUCAAGAGAACGAGAAGCUGAUAAAUCUCUUACAAGAACGAGUCAAGAAUGAAGAGCCCAGUGCUCAGGAAGGAAAACUCCUGGAACUCGAGCAGAAGUGCUCAGAGAUUCUUGAACAGGGUCACUUUGAAAGAGAGAAGCUGCUCAACAUUCAGCAGCAGCUGACCUGCAGCUUACGGAAGGCUGAAGAGGAAAACCAAGGAGCUUUAGAAACGAUUCAACACCUUAAGGAAGAAAAUGAGAAACUGAAUGGGUUUCUAGAACUGGAACGGCAUAAUAGCAGUGUGGUGGCCAAAACUCUGGAAGAGUGUAAAGUUACCUUGGAAGGGCUGAAGAUUGAAAAUGGGUCUUUGAAGUCUUAUCUGGAGAAUGAGAAGCAAAAAGCCAUAGAGACCAGUCCUGUGGGGCAGAUGGUAGAGGGCUGUGCAAUUCAAGAAAUGUUGAAAGUAGCUCGAGCUGAGAAAGAUCAGCUGGAACUGUCUUGUACUGAGCUCAGACAAGAAUUACUAAAGGCACAUGGUGAAAUUAAACAUGUGUCAAGCCUGUUAGCCAAGGUAGAAAAGGAUUAUUCUUACUUGAAGGAGAUAUGUGAUCAUCAAGCAGAACAGCUGAGCAGAACCAGCCUGAAACUGCAAGAGAAAGCAUCUGAGAGUGAUGCAGAGAUUAAAGACAUGAAGGAAACCAUAUUUGAGUUGGAAGAUCAGGUGGAACAGCAUCGAGCUGUCAAGUUACAUAAUAAUCAACUCAUCAGUGAGCUGGAAAGCAAUGUGAUGAAGCUGGAGGAACAGAAAGCAGACCUGGAAAGGCAGCUGAAGACUCUGACUAAGCAGAUAAAGGAGGAAACUGAGGAGUGGAGGCGGUUCCAGGCGGACCUGCAGACUGCAGUGGUGGUAGCCAACGACAUAAAGUGUGAGGCCCAACAGGAGCUGCGCACUGUGAAGAGGAGGCUGUUGGAGGAAGAGGAGAAGAAUGCGAGGCUGCAGAAGGAGCUGGGGGACAUGCAGGGCCACAGCAGACCUGUUCAUGAAGAGUCUGAGCCCUUGGAGGUCGAUGCUCCUGGCCGGUGGCAUGGUAUCUGUGUCAACAGAACAUCUUCAACACCUUUGGAGCCUGCAACCACCGUCAAGUCUCUUAUCAAGUCAUUCGACUUGGGACGCCCAGGUGGAGCUGGACAGAGCAUUCCUGUCCAUAAGACCCCCAGAAGCCCCCUGAGCGGAAUACCAGUGAGGACCGCCCCAGCGGCCGCUGUUUCUCCUAUGCAGAGGCAUUCAACUUACAGCAGCAUGCGGCCUGCCAGCAGAGGAGUGACUCAGCGCUUGGAUCUUCCAGACCUUUCCCUCUCAGGAGAUGAAGCUUAUGUUGUUGUUCACACAGAUCUUCUAAAGGGACGAACUGAGGACCUGAAACCAGACCCCUAUCUCCACAAGAGUCCCUCACUUGAGUCACUGAGCAGACCCCCCUCUCUGGGUUUUGGGAACACUCGACUGCUGAGCACUUCUCCCAGGGGCCUGAAACCACAAAGCAAACUCAGUGUGGAAAGAAGAGAUCCUCUGGCUGCCUUGGCCCGGGAAUAUGGUGGCUCUAAGCGCAACGCUCUGCUAAAGUGGUGCCAGAAGAAGACAGAAGGCUACGAGAACAUUGACAUUACCAAUUUCAGCAGCAGCUGGAGUGACGGCUUGGCCUUCUGUGCUCUCCUGCAUACCUACCUGCCCGCUCACAUCCCGUACCAGGAGCUGAACAGCCAGGAGAAAAAAAGGAAUCUCUUGUUGGCAUUUGAAGCAGCCGAAAGUGUAGGCAUUAAACCCAGCCUGGAGCUCAGCGAGAUGCUGCACACUGACCGUCCCGACUGGCAGAGCGUGAUGCAAUAUGUAGCCCAGAUAUACAAGUACUUUGAGACGUAAACCCGAGGACCGAACAGCAGCUGCUGCCGCCGCCUGCAGUUUGUCCUGGAAGCGCCUGGUCACUUUCCACAGGCCCUGCUCCGCCUUUCAAGGGAAGGUCCAAUCCAGCGGGUACCUACACAUGAGCAGGAAAUAGAGCUGGGUUCCCUGUGUUCCCACCUUGAAUCUGGACACAUUCAGAGGGAAGUUGGGGAAGCUUUGCUCUCCAGGGUGGACAUCUCUAGUCACACUGAGUGAUUUCCCAACAAGCUGCACCAAGACUUACAACAGACAGCAAUGGACAUUGGCCACCUUUUUACUAACAGUCCCAGCUUUUGCCUUUAUAAAAACUUUGCCCCUUCUAUCUAUCACCUCCAUCCAAAAAAGAAAAAACAACAAAAGACAGACGUGUGCCUUCAGGCAGCAUGGGAACACACGGACCUGCCUUCUGGGAAAAUGUGCUGAUGUUCUAGGUGACAACUUCAGCACCCAGAACUUGGUUACAUUUUCAGGUCUUUCUGUCACUCACUGGACUCAGUGGAAGGAAGGUGAAACAUGUGAGAAUUAGAAUGAGCCCCUGGGUAGGUGGCCCCCAUCCCUGUGGGGUGGCCGGCAGACAGAAGUGUGUGCUUGCGCAUGCGCUGUGCUGGGAUGCGGGCACCUGGAACUUCCGCACUCAACCUUCCGUGCCAGCUCUUGGCCUCCUCCACUCGGUCUGGCCUCCUGUUUACUCACACUCCAAGCACACCCAAGCACACUCACCCCAUGUGUGGAAUGGACAGAAACUGCUCAUGUGCGGAGGCUGUGUCUGCUGGGGUCUUCGGGUAUUUGUGCAAUGAAACAAGCUGAAGAUGCGUAUUUCUUGGGAUACUGGGCAGAUGGCAAAUUUAGACAAUAUUUCAAUUUUAGACUUACAUGGCAUUCAGUACUGCAUCAGGCCUUUCAUGUUCUCAUGGCAAAAGGAAGCCCUUGGGGAUGGGCAGAGAUGACUCUGUUUAUAAUUGAAUAAGGACAGUGCAGUUCUCUACUGUCCUGCCAUCACCCUAAGCGACAGCAGAAUCCCCCUAGUGGCCCCAUUCACUUCGGGAGUACUCUGUGCAAGUAACCACCUGGUGAUUCUCUGUUCUUGGUGGGAAAUAAGUGCACCUUAUAUAGAAGUGGGGUGUGGCUCACAUAAGUGAGUCUGAGGUGAAGUCGUCUGAGGUGAUGUGCGCACUGUGAUGUGAAGGGGCCCAUUACUCUGGGUUUGUGCCCCUCAGACAAAGGGUUGUUAUUACCAUAAGUCCCUGAGAGUCACAGUACUGCUGUCAUUGCUUAAAGUAACACUCACAUGGUGGUGGCCCUUGAGGGGCCUGGUUGCUGCAGGCCCAGCCACUGUCUGAGCUUGGCCCCUCCCUCCAGGCCACCUUUGUGGACUGGUCCUAGGGUUCUUCUGGUACAUCCAUCUUCCAUCCUUCAUGUCCUGCUUGUGGCUCUGCACUACAGUCUCCUGGCCUGCCCUAUCAGUUGAAUCCAGGUAUCUGUAUGGGACCAGGGACGUGUCCUGUGCAUUGUCCAAGUUCCCAGAUACACUGAGAGGCAUGCAGGGUGGGCCAGGGCAGCAUGGCACAGGGAGUGCUGAGCACUCUGGGGCGAGGAUUUCCUAAUUGGUCCUUUGUGUUCAAGGAGAAGUUGGAGGCACAGGCUGAACAAAUUCCCCUGACUCCUCCUUUAUGAAUGUACCCAAACGAAAGUUACCGCUUGUGCUGCUUCUUGCAUCUGUCUUGUUGAUGUAACUGAUAUAUUUCCCGUGCUUCUGGGUUGCUCGCCAUUACAGUGGGGGAAAGGAACAUGCCAAGUAGUAGGGUGGGGGUGUUGGUGGCUGUGUUUAUCAGGAAUUACUAUGAGUCUUUGUGUGUGGGAGACACUGAGGUCUUGGAUGCCUGCACGGGCAUUUGGCACGAUCAGCGCCCUGUUUUUAGUGGUUACCAUGAAUGAUUCAACACCAGCUCUGGGUCAGCAGUCUGGGCCUGCCCCCUCCCUCCCUGCUGGUGCCUGCUCCCUUCAGGUUAAAAAGAAGGAAAGAAAUGUCCUACAUAAGGAAGACCAUGUGGCGAUUUAUUUUUAUAAUUCAAGGGAGUUCUUUUACUGCCAUUUUCUUUGCUGGUGGGCAUGCAAGGAGAGGAAGCAUGUGUCCUGUAAGAGAAAUACAGGUGGUGUGGGGUGAGUCUGGCCCUGCUGGGUCCUGAGAGGGGACUGAGGUGGCCAGAGUGCAAGGUCUGGCCUUCUAGCCCUGGAGGGUUGGGGAGCAGCUGUUCCAGACCAGGCUAGGCCACAGAGUGGGGUUUUUAGGUCCGUUUGAAAUUAGAGAGCCCAGCACAGAGUGAAGGUGGAAAAUUGACAUGCUGAGAAAAUGAGGUAGUGUCAGCAAGCUAUAAGCUGUAUCCUUUCCAGUUUUCUUUCCUGAGGUUUUCAGAGGCUACAUGAUUCUCCCCAACUUCCUUCAGCCAGUACUAAUAAUUUAAAACUGUUUGGUGGUUCUGCAGAUCCCUUUUUAAUGUAUUGUUUUUCUAUAAAAGACACGUGCAAAGUGCAAGACCCAGAAGAGUGGAAUUUUUAAAGGAUGUAAAGAGAAGUCAUGGAUGGGUCCAUGCAUUGCAAGUUGUUUCAUGAACUUGAACUUUUAAUGACCUGUGAUACUGUGCCAGCCCCUGUCUCCCUGGGCAAAUUCACACUUCUUGCAUCUUUGUCCCUUCUCACUUCACAAAUGAUGCUAGCCUUUGGUUUCUGUUCUUCAUUCUGUUGCUCUGCUGUAGCUUUGUUGAGACCAUCUGAAGUGGAUGCGCAGGUGUUACACAAAAUGCACUUCCCAAAGUAAUUAGCCACCUGGCCAUAAGGUCUGUCUGCAGCUGCCUGUGUGUUCUCUUCCCCUCCCACUUCCCCACCAAGGGCAGGGCAGGCCUUUGCAGGUGUGUGGAAUUAGAGGAUCCAGGUCUGUAAAUACAAACCCAUUUACCAAAUCCAGCAGCAGUUCUUCCCAUCCCAAAGCUUUAGUGCCAUGUUGAGAUGAACUACCAAGGACAUGCAGUGAAGCGUGUAAACACAACCUUUUAAAGGUGUUUUUAAUAUCUCAGUUGCCCAAGUUCAUCUGGUGUUUCCCUUCUCUGACCCAGGUUAGAGUCUGGCUGUAACAUCCUGAGUAGCUCACUAAUUUUAACUACAUUAGUUGAAUGCCAUUGAUACAUCUGUAGCCUUGUUUCUGCACAAAGCACACCAGACUGUACCAAGCAUUCUCAGGAUACCAUGUGCCAACAGCUGUAUUUAACUAUUGACAUGAAAGUGUAUGAAAAAAAGUGUAUGUAUGACUGUAAUAUUUCUAAUAAAUAUAUUUU